UCCGUUCAUUCGCGACCGUAGAAUCGCAACAACAGCAACGACGACACGGUGUAGUUCCGAAAUAUGUGCACGAUUCGUAGAAAUUGUCAAUUUUGUGGAAUAACCGGUUUCGUUUAUUAGGGCCCGAAUUUGUGACAUAAGCAUGGGAAAUGUGAUUACGUGAAUGUAGUGAUGGAGUAAAAGGCAGGUGUUUUCAGUCUGAUUUAAAUGACAAACCAAAAAAGCGCACAGAAAUAUGGAAAGGUGAGCGUGAGCUUAGCUCAGAUGGCAGUUUCGACGAACGAGAACGGCGUGUAAAAUGAGUAGCAUUGGGACUACUUCCGUCGAGUAUCGAAAACUAAAUCAACGGGACGAUCCGGAGUACAACAGUGGUGAAGAGAACAGUUCUGCUUCGUCUAGCGAUAUCGAAGAGUGGAGUAUAGGCGUCCGGGACGGUCCCGGACGGGAACGACUGUUGCUACAAAAGAAGCCUGCGCUGACCCCGGAAGAGGAUACAUUUUUGCGGCCCACCAAGAUGAGGAUUCUAAUGUAUGAGGAACUGGUCGAGUCCAAGAAGCGUAACACCAAGAAGUACCUGCUGAUAGGUGGAGGAGUAGCGAUUGUCCUUGCCGUCGUCAUCACGUUGAUUGUCGUCUUUACCGGUGGCGAAGAUGCAACCGAUAACGGCGACAGCGGUCCCAUCGUUCAACCGGGCGACCCGAUUACGUUGGAAGAUUUCCUUACCGGAAGGCUGACGGCACGGGACUUCAGCGGGGCGUGGUCGCCCAGCGGGAAAAUUAUUUCCCGAGAUGAAAUAGGGCAGGUACUGUCGUACGAUCCGGCUACGAAUGUCACCAGCGUGUUGCUUGACUCAACUAACGAACCGCUGUUCGAAGGGUUUAAGUUUGAUUUGUCGGCUGAUGAACGGUACUUGCUGGUGGCUCGAGGCUACAGCAAGAUCUUCCGGCAUAGCUUCCUGGCGAUCUACGACAUUGUGGAUUUGCAGGACAAAAAAGUGAUUCCGAUUCAUGUUAAUGGCGAACGGAGAGCACUGAACCUAGUCGAAUGGAGUCCGGUUGGACAUUCUCUAAUUUUCGUCCAUCUUAACAACCUGUACUACAAGACAUCACCGGAUGCAAACGAAGUGCAAAUCACCGACGACGGUGCUCCCAGUGUUUACAACGGUAUCCCAGAUUGGGUCUACGAAGAGGAAGUCUUCUCGACAAACGUUGCCACGUGGUGGUCACCGGAUGGCAAGAAAAUCGCAUUUAUUAAGUUUAACGACAUUAGCACACGACUGAUGAAGAUUCCUAUUUACGGCCCGGCCGGUGAUUCGGACUACCAAUAUCCGCACGAACUGGCCCUACAUUACCCGAAAUCCGGCACACCCAACCCGCAAGUUUUCCUCUAUCAGGUUGACCUAACGAACCCGACAGUCAAAACGGAAAUCGUUCCUCCACCGACACUAGUCACGCCCGAAAAGGACCACAUUAUAACAUCCGUAGGAUGGGCCACGAACGAUCGUGUGAUUUCGAUAUGGAAAAAUCGAAUUCAAAACCAUGCCAUCAUAAAAUCUUGCGAUGCAAACAACAACUGUGUGGAAGUCCAAGAGAUCCAAGCUGACCAGGGAUGGUUGGAACUGUUCAGUGCACCAAUUUUCAACAAGGAUGGUUCACACUUCAUACUCAUUUCCUCGGUGGAUGGCUACCGGCACGUUACAAUGAUGCCAACGGAGGCUAAAGGCAGCAGCGAACCCAUCACCAGCGGAAAGUUCGUCGUUCAGGACAUCCUGAAGUGGGAUGCCGAGAGUAAUUUGAUUUUCUACACUGCCAACACGGCCAGGGACUCGCAUGUGAUGCACAUUUACGCGGUUCUUGGUCAGAAAGGAGCCACGCCACACUGCUUGAGCUGUGCGGUCGUUUCCAGUCCGGAGCAGCUGUACUUCAAUGCGCAGAUGAGCAAGAAGGGCAACUACCUAGUGCUGGAGGCUAAGGGACCGAAUGUUCCCUGGAGUGAACUGUUCCAAUGGAGUUAUGCUAAUAACGAGGUCAGCUUGAAACCGGUUAAAUCGCUGGAAACAAACAGCCAACUGCGGGAGCGUCUGGAGGGAAAAUCCAUCCCAACCGUGCAGUACCAUGAAAUCGACCUCGGAAAUGCAUUCACCUCCAAGGUGAUGCUGUUGAUACCUCCGGGAGCUGACACCAGCGGCAAGGUGAAGUAUCCGAUGCUAGUCGACGUGUACGGUGGUCCGAAUUCGUACUCCGUCACUAGCUCGUGGUCCAUCGGAUGGGGUCAUCACAUGAGCUCGAACCGUUCGGUGAUAUAUGCGAAGAUCGAUGGACGUGGCUCGGGACUACGGGGAGACCGUCUGCUGUUCCAAAUCUAUCGCAAACUUGGCACGGUUGAGGUUGAGGAUCAAAUUGCGACGACAAAAACAUUGACGGAACGUUUGAGCUUUAUCGAUCCGGAACGUGUAGCAAUCUGGGGCUGGAGUUACGGUGGGUAUGCAUCGGCUAUGGCUCUGGCAAAGGAUGCCCAACAUGUGUUCAAAUGCGCGGUUUCGGUAGCUCCGGUGACCGAUUGGACGUUCUACGAUUCAAUUUAUACCGAGAGAUAUAUGGGUCUUCCAAAGGAUAACGCUGCAGGGUACGAACAGUCUCGUUUGACAGCGCUGUAUAAUAAGUUCCGCAACCGAAAGUAUAUGUUGAUUCAUGGAACGUACGACGAUAAUGUUCACUUCCAACAGGCGAUGCAACUCUCGCGGACGUUGGAGACCCACGAUAUUAUGUUUAAACAAGUGAGUUACCCCGAUGAGGAUCACAGUCUGGCCGGUGUUCGUCCCCAUCUUUACCAUACACUGGGACGGUUCUUCAGCGAGUGCUUUAACCUGCGUGAUUAGCACGGCCUCCUAGUGGAGGACAGCGAGCACGAAACGUACUUCCUACCAGCGAACGAUUCCUCCACCGCGAAAGACUUAUCUACCAUCCUGCAAAGUUAUCAGCCAAACCAGCAUCAUGAUCGUGAAUGAAGGGAACCUCUUCUCUCCUGUAAAUAGUGUAAUGUAAAUGAGAGUUGUACAUAUGGCGUCGCCUCCAAUUAUUCUUAUUCGAUGUUAACGUGGAGCUUUAGAUCGUACAACCGGAGUUUGACUGGUUUAACGAGGUCCUUACUUGAUUUGUAGCGAUGUCACAUGCCAACAAGAGUUACGAUGUUUAAACUAACUAGUCAGUAUUCAGAACUUUGCCGGAAGGAAAUAAAAAUUUUGUAUGUGAAAACCAUUUUGUUGAGAACGCUGCUGUAAACCCGCGACGUAAACUUCAUACUUUUUGUAUAAUGUAGAGAUAGGUAGGUCGAAUGUUACAAGAUGUUUGAUGUUGGAAAUAAAUCUUUUUAAGGAAAUU